AUGGAAGAAUCAAUAAAGCAGGGCCUGGACAUCAACAUUAUGUAUUUUUGUGACGCGAACUGGAAUAAACACUUGCCAAGUAACAACGAUCAGCGUGAUGCGGGCCAUCAAGGCGUCGAGGCAGUGAGCACUGCCCCGAGUGUAAAGGCGUCAAACUGAUCAAAGCUAAAAGACACGCUAUUUUACACACUUUUUCAGCCUUUGCCUUGAAGCGGAACUAAAGCCUGUCAUUAUUGGAAUAGAAUUCCGUACCUGUUAUAACAGUUACCGUCACAACUCACCUUCUUGUG